AUGUCUGAGCUUCCAAAAACCGUUCCUGCUACAUGGUACACCAGCGACAAGUUCAUUGAAGCUGCCAAGCACAAGAUCUACAACAAGGGCUGGCACUUUGUGUCUGUUGUUAACGCGUUUUCCAUGCACCCUGAGCUUAAUGACGGGCAAAAAGAGGCGUUGCAACUCGAUUUUGUGGGCAACCCUUUUUUCGGGCUGUGUGACGUUGACGACCCGUACGCGGUCAAGAGUCUCAACCUGCGCUACGGUGUGUACAAGGAUGUCGUCGAAGGCUGUGCUAGUGAGGAAGAGAAAGCUGCAAAGAUCGAAAAGCUAGAGCCCGUCAAUCACGUGGUCACCAAGGGCGGGCUGGUGUUCAUAACCCACGAAAAAACCCCUUCGCAGUCUCUGGAGGAAUAUUUUGGCAACGAGCUUGGCCAGUUUAUUGAUAACAAGGAUUUUAGAAGCCGCACGCUGCGCCGCAGACUUGUCUACGAGUGCGACUACAAUGUCCUGACCUUCAUUGACGGCUACCAGGAGUGUUUGCACUGCCAGUAUACACACCCUGCGUUCAGCAAGGUGUACCCGUUCGAGUUCUACAAGGUCGACACCCACACCAACUUCUGCCGCCACCACUGCAAUCCUGUGGGCAAAAACAACGAUGCGGGACUAUUUUUGUAUUUUUUCCCAUCGUGCACUCUGAACCAAUACGGGGGCGGCAUGGGAAUUUUCCGCGCCAAUCCAGUCAACGGUAAUAAGACGCGCAUGGAGUUUGAGUAUUUCUUCGACGGCAGCGACGAAGACUUCGAGGAGUACUUCAAGUUCGCCAGACAGGUGGCGCUCGAGGACAUCUGGCUGUGCGAGGCCGCGCAACAGAACCUGAUUAGUGGGGUGUACCAACGGGGCUUGCUACAUCCUAAAAAAGAAGUCGGUGUGGUUUACUACCAGUCGCUGGUUCGUGAGAGAAUUAUGGCUUAG